CGCUGUCAUCUCUCCUUGGCUCCUCCAAAUAUUCUUAGACCAGUGGAUUGUCAGUCUAUUUAUAAAAAUUGUCCCUUACCUAUCUAUCUGAGCUUCAAAUUCUAUUUCUUUUUUUAUAUUUAAAUAUAUAAGGGAGGAAGUGGAAUAGCCACGAAAGAUAGAAUAGAAAAGGGAGAAAUAAAGCCUGUGUAUAGAGAGGAUGACCACCACAUCCUCUGUUUUCAUUACAUAUAUUCCACUGGUUAGAUCUUAGUUUCUAUCAUUUUCUCAUCUGGGUCCUCCUCGAAUGGAAAUUCGUUUUGUUGUUCUGAUUGGUUCAUGAAGGAUCUGAUGUUCCAAGAUUGAAUUUGACGUUUCCUAAUUGUUGUUUCAAUCAGAGCACUAUCUGGGUUCUGUCUGAAUUUUAGACAAGAAAAGGAUGGAACCAGAUCUUGGCAAGCUCUUCAUUGGCGGGAUUUCCUGGGACACAGAUGAGGAACGGCUCAAAGAAUAUUUCAGGAAAUAUGGAGAGGUGGUGGAGGCUGUGAUCAUGAGGGAUCGUGCAACCGGUCGUGCUCGUGGCUUUGGUUUCGUUGUCUUUGCGGAUCCUGCAGUUGCAGAAAGAGUCAUUAUGGAUAAGCACAUGAUCGAUUGCCGCACAGUGGAAGCAAAGAAGGCUGUUCCUAAGGAGGAUCAGAACAUUUUAAACAGAACUGGGGUUGCUCAUGGUUCCCCUGGUCCUGGACGCACGAGAAAGAUUUUUGUUGGAGGUUUAGCCUCCACAGUCACUGAGAGUGACUUUAAGAAGUACUUUGAUCAAUUUGGUACAGUCACUGAUGUUGUAGUAAUGUAUGAUCACAACACCCAAAGGCCAAGAGGCUUCGGAUUCAUCACUUAUGACUCGGAGGAGGCAGUUGACAGAGUUCUGCAUAAAACAUUUCAUGAACUCAAUGGUAAGAUGGUUGAGGUCAAGAGGGCAGUCCCUAAGGAGCUAUCUCCAGGGCCCACCCGGAGCCCUCUGAUAGGAUACAACUAUAGUCCAGGUAGGACCAGUGGUUUGCUUAACGGUUAUGCUCAGGGUUAUAAUAUGAGCCCAAUUGGAGGUUUCGGCAUCAGUAUGGAUACAAGGUUCAAUCCACUUUCUAGUGGUCGUAGCGGGUUGUCUCCAUUUGGCACUACUGGAUAUGGACUGGGUAUGAAUUUAGAGCCAGGAUUGAGCCCAACCUAUGGCGGGAAUUCCAACAUUGGCAAUAGUCUAGGAUAUGCACGGAUGUUGAGCCCCUAUUAUAAUGCCAAUUCAAACAGGUAUGCUACCCCUAUUGGAUAUAAUGCAGGUAAUGGAAGGAGCGGUUCUGUAGUAAGCUCAACUAAUCGGAAUGUCUGGGCAAACAGUGGCAUCAACAAUAACAUAAACCCUGCCAGUACUGGGGGUUACUUGAGUUCUGAAAAUGGGGGCUUUGGAGUUGCUAUAGGAAAUAAUGAUUCAAAUUGGGGCCCUAAUUCUUUUUCAACUCAAAGUAGAGGCAGUGCUUCUGGAUAUACUAGUGCCGGUGGUUAUGGUAGUGGAGAAAGCAGCUUUGGGUUGGGAGGAGGAGGAUACGGAAGAAACAGUGGUACUGGGGUUGCCCCAACAUCAUCAUUUCCCACAUCAACCGUUGGUUAUGAGGGGUCUUAUGGGGACUUGUACCAUAGUGAUUCAGUUUAUGGUGACUCAACUUGGCGCUCUACCAGUCCUGAGCUAGAUGGUUCUAGCACAUUUGGUUACGGCCUGGGUGAUUUACCUGCAGACAUCAGCGCCAAAAGUUCUGGGGGCUAUAUUGGAAGUUACAAUGUUACCAGUAGACAACCAAAUAGAGGAAUUGCUGCUUAGGUGAUUUGUUGGGUAUCAAGAGGUGAUGGUAGGUGAAGUGAAACCAGUCAAACACUGAAGGAUUGUGAAUAGUAUACGUCUCUCUUAGUAAGAUUUUCAGCUUAUAAGGAAACUGAUCAUAUAGUUCUAACGGGGUUCCUUGAUUUGAAGUAUACAUAUCAGAGAGCAAUUUCAUGGAAUUUUGUGUCAGGUUUGGGAUUUGCUUUUUUCCUUGAAAGCUUAGGUUCCUUUCUCAAAGUUUGAUUGAGGUGUAAAAUCAGAUUGCGGAUAUAUACUCAGGAAGACGGUUUCAAUUAAUGUACCUUGCAUCUCCAGCGAGACCAGCCAGCAUUAGUCUGUUGAAAGAGAUAGAACAUUGAUUUUUUUUUUUUUCAUUUCAUUUCUGUAAGCCUGGCAAAGUUGCUGGUUCUUAUGUUUCUUCUGGGAUUUGCUUUUCUCUCAGAUUUUAUGUAAGGUUUCUGAUUUACUAGUGUGAAACAAUAGAGGGAUGCCCAACUGGGAUCCCCGUCAAAUAAGUUACUGAACAUUUUGAUUCAUUGUUUUUAAGUGAAGUUGUGUGAAGCGUCAGAUAUUACUCC